UCUUUUAACCAAAUAUAAAUGUCUACACUUGCCUUCCAACGUGAACUCGAACCUUGUUUAGCAAGGUUAGGCACAACACCAGAAGAUCCCACUAUACACCAGAUAAACCUUCUUUUGUUAAAGAAGUGUAUGCCAUCGAUGAUAUUGAAACACUUCGUCAACUGAUUAUAAAAAAGGAAAGAGAACGACAGGCUAUUGCUAAUGACUUGGAAGUCGCUGCUCGUAUCGGUUUGGUUAUUUCAGAAACAAAUGAAGCCAUUCAGCUAAAAGUAAAGCCAAGAAAGAGAGAAGGAGAGAAAAUAGAAGAAAUCACUAAGAAACUCUUUAAAGUUAGAACAUCUCGAAAGGGAAAAUAAGAUGUUUCAGGAGGAAUUACAUCUAAGGCCAACUCUAAAAAAGGAUGAAGGGCUAAGUGAUGAAGAAGAGCGACUCUUUUUACAACAAGAGCUUGACCAAGCAAGAAGAGAACUGACAAAGUUUAGAAAAGAAAUGGACGGCCUGUCUGCUCAGUUAAAUGAUAUGGCGUCAGAAAUGGUCGACUCACGUUCGAAAGUCAGCGUUUAUGCAAAACGAUUGGCCGAGGUGGAGCAAAAAUUAGCUGCAACCAGAGAUGUGAAUGCCAACCUACAGUCAUUACUAGAUAAAGCAUUAACCUCACAAAAACAAUCCAGUUCGAAUACAUCACAUCUUGUCAAGAAUAUCCAAAUAGACUUGGCAAGAGUUAUCCAUGAAAAUGAGCAAUUAAGAGUUCGUAUAGCAGAACUAGAGCAGCAGCAAGUGGAAAAUGAAGAAAAGAUCGCUGCCAUGGUGAUUCAGGCACAAGAGUAUGCAACAAGAUUGGAACAGGCACAGAAUACGAUCCACAGUCUGAGUGAGCCGAAGUUAUUAGAGGACGAUGAACUCUUGAGUUUUCAUAGUGGUUUUCAUCCACUUUCUGUUUCUUCACACGAAGGAACCACUAAAGAGACCGAGAUAACAAAGGGACCUGUGUUUUCAGCAGAAUUUAGACAAGAAAUGCAAAAGGAAAUCGAACGAAAUCUGAACCUAAGAAAUGAGAUACGACACCGAAUCAUCACUGCUGAUAAUGCAUACACAGAUAAAAAGAAAUCUGGAGAAGGAUUAAAAUACUUGGUGUCAGAAAGAGAAAGUAUAAGUGCAGCCAGUUUGUCAACAAGCACGAGUUCAUCUACAAGUUCAUCUAUAUUAAAUGUCAUGAAAAAAGAUAUAUUGAAUACCCACCAUGAAGAAGAUCAUCAUCAACAACAACAACAAGCAAUGCCUAAAGCACCUGUUCUAAGGCCAGCUAGCUUCCUUACUGGAUUUAGUGGAUUUGGCUCAGAAGGACUGGGUAUGGGAGGUAACUUUAUUACAAGAGGCAUGCCGCCCCGUACCUUUACCAGCUCAGGCAGUAGAAAUAACGAACCAAGCAUAUCCACACGAUUCUUCCAACGACUUACUUCACGUCUGGAAGACUAUGAAAAGAAGACAAACAACAAUCAUUAAAUAAAGAAAAAAAAAAAAAAUUACCUACUCUUGUUGUCGGCCUUGUUAAUUUAGUGG